GAAACUUGAAGGUGCGGUCAUGAAUAGUACUGAAUUAAGAAUGUUGGAUAUUAGUGCCAACCAACUAUCUGGUGAAUUACCUAGCUGGAUUGGAAACCUUCAACAUUUGAGUUACCUCAUUUUGUCAAAGAAUUCUUUAACAGGUUCACUACCAGAAAGCUUUUGCAACUUGACCGAACUUACAUGUCUAGACCUUUCUAAAAAUAAAUUCAAUGGCUCUUUGCCAAUUUGUCUAAAUUUUUCAAAGUUGAAGUACUUGCAUUUGGAGAGCAACCAUUUCAUGGGACUUCUACCUUCCACUAUAGCCAAUUUCCCUUUAUUGUUGACUUUAAAUUUGAUGAAUAACAAUUUUUCCGGUCAACUUUCAAGAUUGAAUGGCUCAUUUUUGAGUUUAAGGGUCCUCAUGUUAAAAGGAAACAAACUUGAAGGCUCUAUUCCUACCCGUUUAUGCGAGCUCAAGAACAUCAGGUUAUUAGAUCUUUCUCAAAAUAAGCUUUCUGGAGGCAUCCCAUAUUGCUUGAAUAACAUCACAUUUGGAAAGAUAGAUGCACCAAGGGAAAAGGAAAUAGGACAUUUUACUGUGUCAUGGACUACAAGAUUUUCAAAUUUUCAAUUUAACUCUCUGACCGGUGAAGUUUCCAUACCAAAAGAGAAAGAAAAUUUUACACUGUAUAAAGACCAAGAAGUAGAUUUUACAACAAAAAGCAGGUAUGAAUCUUACAAAGGAAGCAUUUUAAAUUUCAUGUCUGGGAUGGAUCUCUCAAGUAAUCAAUUGAUAGGUGAGAUUCCUUCACAAAUUGGAUACCUAGGCAGUAUCCAUGCAUUAAAUUUGUCAAACAAUCGAUUGAAAGGGCCCAUUCCAGAAACAUUUUCCCACCUCAAGCAGAUAGAGAGCCUUGAUCUUUCAAGCAACAUAUUGACAGGUCACAUUCCUAAAGAACUAAUUCAGUUGUACUCCUUGUCCGUCUUCUCGGUGGCUCAUAACAAUCUAUCGGGAAUGACACCUGACAUGAAAAAUCAAUUUGCAACUUUUGAUUCAACCAGUUAUGAAGGGAACCCUUUUCUAUGUGGUCCGCCUCUGCAGCAAAAUUGCUUAAAAGCUGGAAGAAACAAGCAACCUCAUGAUCAUUUGGAAGGGGAUGACUUUCGAGAUGCCUUCUUAUGGAGUUUUGCUGGAGCAUUUGGG